AUGACGGCUACCCACCGUUACAACCCAUACAACAUUUGUAUCCUCUCCUGUUUCGUGUUUUUGUUGUCUUCUACGUUUACCCGAGCAGACGGGAAAAUGGCCACCAUUCCUACUAGUCCCUCUGCUUCGUCACAAUCACAACUCUGCGGGAGAAGCUGCCGAAAUCACCACAACACUAGUCAGACAAUCCAACAGCUGCAUCACAUGCCACUAACGGAGGCGCAGAAAGCCGACCAGAACUUGCAGUAUAUGUUAAGUUUGUAUAAGAGCGCAGCCGACCCGGAUGGGAGGCCUAAACAGCAUCGGAAGUUCGGGUCGAACACAGUGCGUCUGCUGCGACCCAUCACCACCCAGGUGCGGUCUCUGACAGCGUCUACAGGUGAGUAACACACACACACAUUACAUGAAUGUCACACACACACAUUACAUGAAUGUGUAAUGUAGGCUACAGUGUUUAUUUUGUAGAUGAUUUUCCCGUCUGGGCUAUUAUCCUUGGCCUAAGUGGUUCUCACCCUCCAGCUUUUGGCUACCUGUUCAAAAUAAGUGUGAAAGGUAGGCUAUUGAAUUUGACAGUGGUUGUUGAUUCAUACUAACAAUUUACAAACUGUUUUGUAAAGUGAAUGAUUAUCUAAUAUUUUGUAGGUAGGCUAAUAUAGGGAACCUUAAUCUGUGUUUUUGUUUGUUUGAUGUUUGUCUGUCGUAGCCGGCCGCGACCGGGAUACCCAUUGGGCGGUGCACAAUUGGCCCAGCGUCGUCCAGGGUAGGGGAGGGAAUGGCCAGCAGGGAUGUAGAGCAUGGUGUUUGCAACGCCAGGGUUGUGGGUUCAUUUCCCACGGGGGGCCAGUAUGAAAAAAAAUAAAAAUAACGUAUGCACUCACUAACUGUAAGUCGCUCUGGAUAAGAGCGUCUGCUAAAUGACUAAAAUAAAAAAUGUAAAUGUAAUAGAUAUUUUUGCAUUAUGACACAUUCAAUUCAGAAUUGUAUCAGAUAAAAGACAUGAUUAUGAUAUUGACACCUACCUUUCUCCUCUAAUAUCCACCCUUAUUCUAUCUUCAUGUCAUUCUCCACAAUCUCCCCCUCUCCAUCUUUUCUCACUCUCUUUCCACUUUCUCUCUACCUCUCCACAUUCCUCUCCCUCCCUGUCCUCUCUCCACCUCCACAUUCUCUCCCUCUCUUCCUUGUCUCCCACUCCAUCCUUUCUACACCUCCAUCCUCUCUCCACACUCCCUCUCUCUCUUCUCCAGACCUGCACUACACAUACACAGUGGUGUAUGACCUCCAAUCCAUCUCCCUGGACCAUCUGGUGAGAGCCUCCUUCUUGCACCUCCGUUCCUCCAGAACUGUCAGCACGCCCCACCGCUCCCCUCUCCACUGCAGGGCCAGAGUCACCUCCCUUGGGCAUGACAGCUGGAUGAGCCCCCCUGGACAUCUGGGGGACCAGGGGUGCCUGGUAACGCUGGAGCCCCAUCAGCAGUGGACAGAAACAGACAUCACAGAGCACUUCUCCAGCCAGGUGAAGCAGGGGAGUCGCCUGACCCUCUCGGCCCUGUACUGGUGCCUGGAUCCUUGGUAUCGUCGGAGUGAGGCCUGGGGCGGCCUGUGGAGGUUCAGGGGAAGAGGGGGACACAGGGGAGGGAGGAGGGCAGCCUCAAGAAAUCACCUCAAUGCCCCUGCUCUCCUUCUCUUCCUCGAUGAAGAGGAGGAGCCCAGGGAGUGGGGGGAGGUGACUCGAAUGCGGUACAGUUUGAGGUUGGGAGGUUUGGGGGGUCCUACUCCGGAGCACCACUACACCGGGGGCCCCAGGCCCCGAUCACGUCGCGCCAAACCCCUACCAUCCAACCCCAGUGGCCCUAACCAUCCAGGCAGCAUAGUCUCCGACAUCCCCAACUACCGAAAACACAAAACCCCCUCGCCCAAGAACCAGUGCAAGCUCCACUCGUACCGGAUCACCUUCGCCGCAUUGGGCAUGGCGCAUUACCUCGCCCCACACCAGUACAACCCUCACUACUGUAAAGGAGACUGCCCCAGAGUCCUCCACUAUGGCCUCAACUCGCCCAACCACGCCAUCAUGCAGACCCUGAUUAAAGGGAAAGGGGUGGAUGAGGUGCCGUCCCCGUCCUGCGUACCAUAUAAGUACAAGCCAAUGAGCGUACUAAUGCUGCUGGAGGACAACAAGACAGUGGAUUAUAAGGAGAUUGAGGACAUGAUCGCCGAGUCCUGCACUUGCCGGUAG